AUGGAUAGAUCAAAUUCUGUACCACGUCCAGGAUCUGUAAUGGUAAUUCCUCAAUCUUAAGGAUAAUCCUACAGACCAACUGCUGCAUAAUAGUAAUUUUCAAAUUCUUAGAUGAAAUUCAUGAAUGAUUUAAUUCAGCAACAACCCAGCAGUUAAAGAUAAGCUGUUAGUUAAUAACUUGAAUAAUUAACUCCUGAAGAAAUAAGUGAAAUUUAAAGAAAGUUAGAAAACGGUGAGAUUUUGCAUGGUCUCUCUACACUUCCCGAAGGAGCCAAUAUGACACAUAAAUUUAUAGUUAAAGUGAGAAAACAUAAUCAACCUACACAACCAAUUAAAUAUGUAACAUCUCCUCCACCACCUCCACCUCCAUAAAAGUAUGUUCCAUCAUAUUGUCCAGAAUGUUUGAAUAAGGAUUAAAAGGUAACAAUUUUUUUGAAAUUUAAUAUAGUUAAAACAAUAAGAUGCAAAAAUCGAAUAAUUACUUGAUGAAAUGAAUAAAAUGAGUAAGUUCCUAGUAGACAAGAGUCAAGAGAUUGAAAUUUGGAAAAGGCAGUAUAUGGCAAUUUAAUAAGUAUAAAAAUUACUAAUAAUAUUAUUUAGGAUCUUGCUAAACCUAAAGUGAUUGAUAAUUCAGAUAAGUAUCUUAAAGAAAUUAAUGAUUUAAAAAAUAAAUUAAAUUAAAAGGAUAAUGAAAUUUAAUCACUUGAAACUAAUAUCAAGUAAAUCUAAGAAAACUAAGAUGAAGAACAAAUUGAAUUAAGAGCAGGCAAUAAUGAUUAAGGGGAUUUAGAAUAGUUGUAAAAAGAUUUAUAUGAUGCCUAAUAAGAAAUUGAACUUUAUAAAGAAGAUAAUGAUAGAUUGAAUAAUAAAUUAGUUAAUUUGGAGGCAUAAUUAUAAAAUAAAAAAACAGAAAUUAAAACUGUUUAUAAAUCUGAUCCUGAAACUGAAAAAUAACUCAAUGAACUAUAAAGUAAAUAUUCUUUACUACAAUCUUAAUAUUACAAAAUCUCAGAAUAAACUAAGACAUUCCAAAAAGAAAUUUAAUAUGAAACUAAAGUAAUCUAUUAACCUGAUCCUGAAACUGAAAGGCAAUUAUAAGAAUUAAAAUAAAAGUAUACACUCCUUUAAUCUCAAUAUUACACUCUAUAAGAAACUAGCAAAAUUGUUCAAAAAGAAAUUCAAUAUGAAUCUAAAGUUAUUUAUUAACCUGAUCCUGAAACAGAAAAAUUAUUACAAAAAAAAAUCUAACAAUAUGAAGAACUCUAUGCAAGAUAUGUUUUAAUCUAAGAUUAAUAUACAUCUUUAUAAUAAAAACAAUCAACUUCUAUUUAUGAAACUAAAACAAUAUAUAAGCCUGAUCCUGAAACAGAAAGAUAAUUAGAAAUUAAAAUUGAAUAAUACAAUUAAUUAUAGUAGAGAUAUAAUCAAUUACAAAACUAAUAUUACUAAUUAGAAGAUAGAAGCAAAAUAGUUUAGAAGGAAAUUUAAUAUGAAACAAAAAUAGUAUACUAACCUGAUCCUGAGACAGAAAGAUUAUUAAAAUUAAAAACUCAACAAUUGGAAUCUAUGACAAGUAAAUGCACAAUGUUAUAAGGAUAAAUUGAGACAACAAGAACGUAAAUAGAAUAGUAUUAAACAAAAAUAUAUUAAUUUGAAACAAGAAAGUCAGAGAGUGAGAAUAAUUAAUUAUAGAUUGAUUAAUUAAAAGAGUAAUUAAGAAGAGCAAAUGCUGAGAUUGAAUAAUAUACGAGAAAGAUUUAUUAAUUAGAAUCAAAUAAUGAAUAAACAACAUUUCUUAAAAAGUAGAUUUCUGACCUUAAGAUGUAAUAUGAAUAAGAGUAGCAAUUAACAAUAUAAUUGAAAAGAAGAAUUGAAGAAAUGAAGGCAGAAUAAUCUCAAUAUGAGGUAUAUUAAUUUAGAAUAAGAGAAUUGGAGGUUAUUGUGUAAUAAAAGGAGGAUAGAAUUCGAUAAAUAUAAUUGGAGUUAGAUCAAUAUAGAUCAGAUAUGGUUACUUAUUAAUAAAGAAUAUCUAGUUAUUAAGUGAACAUUGAUAAUAAUGAGACUUUGAAAUAAUAGAUUCAAUAAUGGAGAGAGAAAUAUGAAUAGUUGGAAUAAAAGUAAAGAUAUUAGACAAAUGAGGAGAUUAAUUAAUGGAAGAUUAGAUAUGAGCAAAUGGAAUAGAAUUAUAUAUCUUUAUAAUAAAAUUAUGAGACCAUCUAAAUAACAUUAAAUGAAUAUUAAGAUAACGAGCAAUCAGAGGUUUUGAAAAUAGAAAUAAAGAGAUUAUAGAAAACUGUAUGUUUAAAUAUAUAUGUAUAUAUAGAUUGUUGAAUUGAGAAGUGAAAUUGAUCGAUUGUUAGUUUAAGCUUCAGAUAAUCAAUGGUUAUCAAAACGAUAUGAAGAAUAGUAAUUAUUGAUUGAACAUUAUAAAUCACAAUUAGAAGAAAGAUAAUCAGUGUAACGAGAGUAUACAUAUGAAAUUCAGAAUACAAAUCAAAGAAAUGAACAUGUUUCGAGUCAAAAGAUAGUAACAACAACUUAAUAAUAAUAAUCAAUAACACAUGAUUCAAAAAUGAUUUACCCAUCUUCUAUAACCUAAUAAACUAAGACUGUAGAGUAUAAUUCAAUUCAACCAAAAUUGAGUGAAUAUAGUUCUUAUUAAUCAAAACCUGUAGAAUAUACAAGUGUGUAAUAGAAUGUUCAAUAAAGACAAUCUUAUUAAUAAUCUCAGUUUUUGUAGCCUUCAUAGAUUCUAAUGAAUGAGUAAAAACGAGUAAUUAAUUUUUGAUUAUAAAAUUAGAGUAGAGUGGAAUAGGAGUUUAGUUCUUAGAGAUGGAAUGAUAAUUAUGAAGUAGUGUUGAACGAAGUAACAUAAAAGGAAAAGUUAUUUUCAUGAUAUAACAAAAUAAAUUAAAUAAAUAAAAA